CCCCUGUACGGCAAGAAUCGCCGCCGCACCUACCAAAUCGGAUUAAUUCUCUCAUUCCUUGUCCCUCUCUCUAGCAAUCGACCGAUUCAAAAGCUCUCUCUUUCUCCGGUUCAGAUUCCGUUAUUUUCUUUUUUAAUUUAUCGGAAAUUUGAUCGAAUCAAUUUCUGUACAAAUGAUUCAGCGUCUCGUUGACAACAUCCUCGCUGUCACCAAAGAGUGAGUCCUCUUCCCUAACCCACUACAGAUAAUGCGUAAUAUACGCACAUAUUUGACCUAAUAUGGAUAUGUAUAUUCGUGAUUGAUUUUUGUGAUUUAUUGGGUAGCUCUCAUUUGGUUCUUUUGAGCAGAAGAAUUAAUUUCCCUGCUGGAUGUUCUUGAUUCAGUGAUGAUAUCUGUGGGUGGGUGCCUGAUUUAGUAAAAGGAUUGAGGAAUUGAUUGUUGUUUAUUUUUAUAUGAGAUCCAGGAGAAAACCAACUAUAUUAGGCAAUGAAUUCUUCAAUCUUGAUAUGUUAUUUGAGAAUUUCUAAGUAUUGGAUGGCGAAUGGGUGGAUUGUCCUUGCUAGAUUAUUUCCCAUAAUUAGAACUUGGCUGGAAAUUCUCCCUAUUGGUGUUGCAAUGAAAAUUGAUCGUGAAGAUGCUUCUUUGACGAGCAACUGAGUGAUAGUGUAUAUCCAGACUUGUCCAUCAUCUGAUGAUGGAAACAGUGUGUAAGAAGCAGUCAUCAUUUCCAUGAACUUGGUUGAGAAGACGGUAUAAUCAGUGGUGUUAAAAUUGCUUCUGGAAAUGAAGUUUCUUUGUCUGUGUGGAAGACCCUGGAGUCAUUUCAGCACUUAUGCAAAUUUGGUCGGUGAAGACAGUCACUUAUGAGUCUUUGAACAAUAUCGUGGGGCUGAUAAAUGGAUUGUCAGCUCUUCUAUUGACCAUUUUGCCGGGGAAGGCUAAUAUUCUUGAAGGUAUUCAUGGCUGGGAGCUUAGACCAACUUUUCGUGGACCUCGGCUCCCACGAUGGAUGGAAAAUGGCGUGUCCUCUUUCAACCAAUUCAUUCAUGAGCUUUCCGUGGAUUCUGAUACUUCAAGUCUUGAUUACUCGUCUGGAGGAGAUGAUCUCGAUGAAAUAUAUCCCGCUUCACCAUCUUCUCAAAGUUCUCGUGCCUCUUUUGCAAAGCGUAAUAUACGUUGCACCGGAUGGAUUGGUUGCUUAUUUUUGUGGGUUCUGUAUCCUAUAAAGUUUCUGCUUGGGUUACCGAUUCGUGUUUGCCAAUUAUUUUAUAGUGGGUUGUCAAAGGGCAAUUCUGUUUCAGAGAAUGACCGGCCUUCAAGUCUAGGCCAUAUUAAGAGAUUGCAUACCCUUAAGGAUCAUGUUGUUCACCGCACCACUGACAGGAGACGUGGUGUCGUUGAGGAUCUUCAUUUAGCAAUCGAGAUAAUCAUAGAAACUAUAUUUGAUGUGGUUCACAAGGCAGCACAUUUUGUUCUUUCUCCAUUAGAAGCUUUAAGAAUACUCUGUAGAUGGCUAUUAUCCCACAACAAUCGGGGUACAGAUAUGCUUGAUGAUGGUCCAUAUGCCUCUGUUACCACAGCUACACUAGGAGAGGAUGAUCCAGUUGUUACAGAGACGAAAACUUCUUUGCGUCACUCCAUGAAUACAGAUGGGCGGACGUGCCAGGAUGUUAUAACAGAGCUAGGGUAUCCAUAUGAAGCUAUAAAUGUGAUCACUUCUGAUGGAUAUGUUCUUCUUUUGGAAAGAAUACCUAGGCGUGAUGCUCGGAAGGCCGUUUAUUUGCAGCAUGGAGUUUUGGAUUCGUCCAUGGGUUGGGUUUCUAAUGGGGUGGUUGGUUCUCCAGCAUUUGCAGCCUACGAUCAAGGGUAUGAUGUUUUUCUUGGGAAUUUCCGUGGCUUGGUGUCUAGGGAGCAUGUUGUCAAAAAUAUUUCAUCAAAACAGUAUUGGCGAUACUCGAUCAAUGAGCAUGGGAUGGAGGAUAUCCCAGCAAUGAUAGAGAAGAUACACCAAGUCAAAACUUCUGAGCUGAAAAUUAGCGAGCCUGGUCUGGAGGUAGAAGUUGGUGACAGUCAGGCUUACAAAUUGUGUGCAAUAUGUCAUAGCUUGGCAGGAGCUGCUAUGCUGAUGUAUGUCAUAACGCGCCGGAUUGAAGAAAAGCCCCACAGGCUCUCAAGAUUGAUUUUAUUAUCUCCAGCUGGCUUCCAUGAAGAUUCCGGAAUAGCUUUUACGGUAGUUGAGUAUUUGCUUCUUUUCUUGGCUCCUAUUCUUUCUCCGUUUGUGCCAGGCUUCUACAUUCCGACUAGAUUCUUCCGUAUGCUUCUGAACAAGUUGGCUCGGGACUUCCAUAACUACCCUGCGGUUGGUGGACUUGUUCAAACUCUAAUGGGUUACGUUGUCGGCGGGGACAGUUCAAAUUGGGUAGGGGUGUUGGGUUUACCGCACUAUAACAUGAACGAUAUGCCAGGAGUUUCAUUCCGAGUGGCUGAACACCUUGCACAGAUAAAGCACACUCGCAAAUUCAGAAUGUACGACUACGGGAGUGAAGCUGCAAACAUGGAGGCUUAUGGAUCACCAGAGCCAUUGGACUUAGGUGAGAAUUACAGUCUCAUUGAUGUGCCAGUUGAUUUGGUGGCGGGACGAAGGGACAGGAUAAUCCGACCCUCCAUGGUAAGGAAGCACUAUAAGUUGAUGAAGGAAGCAGGUGUGGAUGUAUCGUUCAGGGAGUUUGAGUAUGCCCACUUGGACUUCACUUUCUCCCAUAGUGAAGAACUCUUGGCCUAUGUGAUGUCGCGCUUGCUGCUCGUGGAUCCUACCGGGAAGCAGCAAGGUAGUCAGAAGCCGGUGAAGUCGAGAAAAAAGGACAAUUAAUACUUUUAAUGGAUGAGAAGGUACACACACAUCAUGGACUUUCCAUAUUUUUUUUGGGCUAAAGAACUUAGGUGUGCUGUGUUUCCAGUGGUGGUUUGUACAUAAAUGUAUUUGUCAGUCCAGUGUAAUUAGAUGGGGACAAUAUUUUUGUGUCCCCAUUAACCUUGCAUUCCCUGUUUGGGUUCUGUAGCCUUAUGUAAAAUACUUAGGUUGAUAAGUUUUCCUUUUCCUUUUCUUA